CCAUGACACCCCAAGCAAACCAACCCAAAGCAACACAAGCCAUAGCAGCAGAGCCGAGUAGCUGAGCUCACUGUUCGAUCGAUCACUAGCUCGCUAGCUGCAUCCAUGGCUGCUUCCAAGGUCGCUCCCGUCCUGGCCCUGAGCCUCCUCCUCCUCGCCGUCGCGGCGCACGGCUGCGAGCCCCACUGCUCCGGCGGCGGCGCGCCGGCGGUCGUCAUACCGACGCCGACGGUGGUGGUGCCACUGCCGUCGUUCGGCGGCGCCCAUGGCGGCUACGGCGGCUACGGCCAUGGCCGCUGCCCGAUCGACGCGCUGAAGCUGCGGGUGUGCGCCAACGUGCUCAACGGCGCGCUCGGCGUGAACGUCGGCCAUGGCCCCUACGACUGCUGCCCGCUGCUCGCCGGCCUCGCCGACGCCGACGCCGCCGUCUGCCUCUGCACCGCCGUGAAGGCCAACGUGCUCGGCGUCAACCUCAACGUCCCCGUCGAGCUCAAGCUCAUCCUCAACAAGUGCGGCAAGACCUGCCCCUCCGACUUCACCUGCUAAUUAAUUGAGCAUGGAAAGUGCUCAAACCAUUUGCGCAAAAUUAAUGCAUAUUUAUAUUAUAUUUAAUUGAGUUUGUUUUCAUGCAAUGGCCAUUGGUAAGUUGCAUGAUGCAUGAGUAAGCCGGCCUGAAUAAGCUAUUAUCCCCCCUUGUGUUAGUUUAAUUAAUUUGUUGCAUCCGCAUUAAUUUGUUGUACCAUUGGAAUCACUCACUUGUAAUUUGUUGUUGUAUAACCAAUGCAUUGUGAUCAUCAUCAAUUAAUAUAUUUUCAUUUUUAAUA